AUGUGGCGGUGGGAGGGCCCUCAACGAGUGGUCCUGUUGGCAUGUGGUUCAUUCAAUCCACCAACGCUUAUGCAUAUGAGAAUGAUGGAAGUGGCUCGGGAUUAUUUGGAAAAGCAGUUCAAUUGCACGGUUCUCGAGGGAUUACUCAGUCCCGUCGCGGACUCCUUCAACAAGCCGAAUCUUGCCUCUGCACACCACCGUCUAGCCAUGGUCGAGGCGGCUACGUCGCAUUCGGGAUGGCUUCGAGCUGAUGGUUGGGAAUGUCGACAGAAAUCAUGGACAAGGACGCUUUCUGUGUUGCAACAUCAUCACCAAGAAGCUCAGAAUCGACUGCAAGGAGACGUCCGCCUCGCGCUGGUCCUCGGCGGCGAUGUGGUUGAGUCGUUCACGCGCAUUCUGCCCAAUGGAGAGAACCUAUGGAAUCCGAACGAUGUCCGUGACAUUAUCACAAAAUUUGGCCUGAUCGUGAUCAGACGUGAAGGUGCCGAUCCUGCAGGAACGUUGCGGUCUAUGUCUUGUUUGCGAGACAUUAUAGAUCAAGUACUGAUUCUUGCUGACGAUGUUUGCCCUUGCAGUAUCAGUUCAACGAAUGUUCGAGCUGCAGUGGCGGCUAAGAGAUCGAUAAUGUUUACAACUCCGUUUGCUGUUGUUGAGUACAUACGGAAAGUAGGUCUUUAUUCGAGUAGUAACCAUUGUAAUCAAACAUCAAAGUGA